CGCUAUGGUAAGACAGUUUUAGCACAGAUAGAUAUCUAAGUAGGUUCUGCCGUCUUUUUGACCGACAUUUCGACCAGGACAAAAAUCUUAAAACAUGCAAGCAUAUAUCAAAGAUCCCAACGAAGCGUUGCCGGGCGAGAGCGAGGUUAUCCGGACCGCUGCUCCUCCCUCAGCGACCAUAUCCAAUGACGUCCGCGAAUUCUUAGAGCUGUCUCCUCGGAAGCAGAUGGAGGUGGCAAACAAAGAGUGGAAGGCAUAUGCUCAGGAGCAGGCUGAACGGCAUCCUCUGACGCAGCAUACGCAUGCUCAGGAGGACAUACUCAGAGAUGCAGUCCCAAGAGGAGAGCCUCAGCACAUUAGGGACCCUGCCGAAAAGCCAGGCAGCGUCGUGGAAGCUGCCGAAAACCCGGAUUUGAAAAACAGCGCCUAUGAAUAUAGAGCCCAAGUUGAUCGUCCCCCGCAUGGACUCGGUGCUGUGCAUGGUGAAGGGGAGAGUUUAAGAGGGAAGCUUCGAGUUGAUACGUUUGGCAUGGCGGAUACUUUGAACGAAGGCGAAGACGAAGUGCGCCAGAUCAAAGAGAACAGAGGUGGACGCCUGAAAGACAAGCGCAAGAUCUGAUAUGUGUAAUCGCCAAGCAGAUCAAUUGUACGUCAUGAAACUUGCAUGAGAUGAACAAUGUACAUAGCAUGUUACGAGGAGGAAAUGAUAUCUUUUGGCCGAGCCUUUAAAGACACUGUCUUUAAUACUGCUGACAUCCCUUCAAACUGUUUACACAUCCUUAUAGCAAAAUUAUAUAUUAAAGAGAAAAUAGCAUACACCACAUA